AUGCUGUUAGCAUUUUUCUUCGGUCUAUGUAUCGCUUCUGCGGUCGGAUUACGUGGUCCACAUCAUCCGAGAAGCUCCGUUUCCCAUCAUCAUUAUUCACCUCAUAAAGGUGUUAAGUUGACGCAAGAUACCGAAUUGCUUCACGAUGCCACUCAUUUGAAAGAAGACAUGGGACCGAUAGCGUCCCAGCUUGAUUUUUCCAAAAUGAGCGAACAGGAGAUCGAAUUCCAUUACUUCAAAGUGCACGAUAUCGAUAAUAACACGAAAUUAGAUGGCCUUGAAAUUCUUCAUGCCAUUCAACAUACUUUUCACGAAUAUAAUAUGGUCGAUGAAGAAGGUAGAAAUUUUGUGGAGGAUGAGCCACAAAUACAAGAAGACGAAUUGCCACGGAUCGUAGGUUUCAUAGAUAGAGUGUUGGAAGAAGAUGAUUUGGAUAACGAUGGUUAUUUAGGAUACGUUGAAUUUGUCUUGGGAAGGCGAAAGGAUCAUAUUACGCAAGCAAAAAGAAACGGUAGAAAUAAUAUGAAAGAAUAAAAGAAAGAUCAUGUUCAUUCGUA